CUGGUUCCCCCUGGGCUUCGCCGUGGGGCUGGCCUUGGGGAGCAGCCUCCUGCAGGGCCUGGAGCGGCCCUGGGCCCCCCCGGGCCCCCCCGCAGCCCCCGGCAGCGCCCACCUGCGCAGCCUCCCCCAGCCCACAGUGUGAUGGGGUCCGGAGCGCUGAGCCGGUGGGAGUGUGGGACCCUGCGGCCGGUGGUGGGAGCGCCGAGGCGGGGACAAGGACGGGCCCGCCUGGCCGGUGGUGCUGGGCGCUCUGAGCCCGUGAGGAGGGUGACGGACUCACGGCAGGUGACCGGGACGGGGCAGGGUGGGCGGUGGAGGGAGCUCUGAGGUGGGGACAGUUCCCCCGCUCCCCCUGCCCUGUGUGUGUGUGGGGGGGGGUGUGUGGGGGCCGCGGGUCGUCCCGCCGCCUCCCCACCACCCCCCCGCCGCCCAGCGAACAGCAGCGAGGCGCGGGCGCUGUACGAGCGGGUGCGCAUCCUGUGCUGGGUGAUGACGGGCCCCCGCACCCUGGAGAGCAAGGCCCGGCACGUGCGCGACACCUGGGCGCGCCACUGCAACGUGGCCCUCUUCAUGAGCUCGGAGCCGGACGGGCGCUUCCCCGCCGUGGGGCUGCCCGUCGGCGAGGGCCGCCACCAGCUCUACUGGAAGACCAUCCGCGCCUUCCAGUACGUCCACCGGCACCACCUGGGCCAGGCCGACUGGUUCCUCAAGGCGGACGACGACACCUUCGUGGUGGUGGCCAACCUGCGCUGGCUGCUGGCCGGCCACCCCCCCGAGCGCCCCGUCUACUUCGGCAAGCGCUUCAAGCCCUUCGUCGGGCAGGGCUACAUGAGCGGCGGGGCGGGCUACGUGCUCAGCAAGGGGGCCCUGCGGCGCUUGGUGGCCGCCUUCGCCUCCCGCGCCUGCACCCACACCAGCCCCGUGGAGGACGUGGCGCUGGGCCGGUGCCUGGAGCGGCUGGGGGUGCAGGCGGGCGACUCGCGGGACACGCGGGGCCGAGAGACCUUCCACCCCUUCCCCCCCGAGACCCACCUCACCGAGCCGCUGCCCCGCGACCGCUUCUACCCGCAGUAUUCCUACUACCCCGUGCAAUGGGCCGCUGCCUGCUGCUCGGACCUGUCGGUGUCCUUCCACUACGUGAGCGGGGAGCAGAUGUACGCGCUGGAGUACCUGACCCACCGCCUGCGCCCCUACGGCUACCGGCCCCGCUACCGGCCCCCGGCGCCCCCCGGCGCCCCCCCCGGCCCCCAACGCCACCUCCCUGGCACCCCCCCGGCAGCCAUGAGCCCCCGGCCCCUGCCCCGCUGCGGCACCCCGGGGUGCCGGCGCGUGGCCCCGCAGCGUGGCUCUCCAGCCCCGAGCCCUGGCACGCGGCCGGCGGCUCCGGCCCCAUGGCAGGGCUCCACCGGCAGGGCCCCGCAGCUCCGGCCCCAUGGCACGGCUCCACCGGCACGGCCCCGCGGCUCCGGCCCCAUGGCAGGGCUCCACCGGCAUGGCCCUGCGGCUCCGGCCCCAUGGCAGGGCUCCACCGGCAGGGCCCCGCAGCUCCGGCCCCAUGGCAGGGCUCCACCGGCAGGGCCCCGCGGCUCCGGCCCCAUGGCAGGGCUCCACCGGCAGGGCCCCGCGGCUCCGGCCCCAUGGCACGGCUCCACCGGCAGGGCCCCGCAGCUCCGGCCCCAUGGCAGGGCUCCACCGGCAGGGCCCCGCAGCUCCGGCCCCAUGGCACGGCUCCACCGGCAGGGCCCCGCGGCUCCGGCCCCAUGGCAGGGCUCCACCGGCAGGGCCCCGCAGCUCCGGCCCCAUGGCAGGGCUCCACCGGCAGGGCCCCGCAGCUCCGGCCCCAUGGCACGGCUCCACCGGCAGGGCCCCGCAGCUCCAGCCCCAUGGCAGGGCUCCACCGGCAGGGCCCCGCGGCUCCGGCCCCAUGGCAGGGCUCCACCGGCAGGGCCCCGCAGCUCCAGCCCCAUGGCAGGGCUCCACCGGCAGGGCCCCGCAGCUCCGGCCCCAUGGCAGGGCUCCACCGGCACAGCCCCACGGCACAGCGCGGCACUGUGCCAGGCCCCAGCCAACGCUGCGCCACGGCCCCACGGCACAACCCCUCCAGCCGCGCCACGGGCCCGUGGCCGGACCCCCGACCUUCGCGCCCCGGCCGCCCCCUCCCCGUGCCGCGACACCGAGAGGAGCCGCCGCGGUCACAGCGCCAAAUCGGACAUUGUUACGUACUUACAGUUACAACCCGAGCGAUGAAAACGCUGUACACGGCCCGGCCCCCCCACCCCCCACCCCCCCGCAGCCCCCCAACCCCGGGGGGGCCCCAGCUCAGCCCCGCCGGCGCUGCCGGGGCGCGUGGGGGGCGUCACAGCAAGGGGUACCCCUACAUUCAUGGCGGGGGGGGGUCCCCGGGUGGGGGACGGGGCGGCCCCCCCGCCCCGCCCCAAGGCCCACAGCCAGCGGGAGGGGUGGCGGGGGUCCCGCUGGCGGUUCCCCCCGCCGGCGCCGCGGCACCGCGGCGGGGGGCUGGCUCUAUCCUAACGCUAAAUGAAGCAAUAAAUUAAAGAGGU